AUGUCGCUCGCGGCCGUCCGUCACUUAUCCUCGCUGCUGGCUCGUGCAAACGUCUUCACGCAAAACGUUGGCCUGCUCUGGUCUUCUUUGGAGAAGCUUCGACGCAAGAAGCUUUCUACAACUUCGAUUGCGACCUCCACUACAACCUCCUCUGCAACUACCUCGUCAUCUUCUAGGUCGACUGCAGUUUCUGUGGACUCUGACGCCAAGGUGGUGAAAGUAACAUCUCCAACCACUCAAAAAAUCGUCAAGGUUAACAAGUAUAGACGGCCCUCACACCCAACGUCUGUGCCCUUGAGUAAGCUUUUCUCUACCAAUUUCCCCCUCUCUAUCACCGACCUGUUCGAUGAUUACUCCUAUAGAGAAAAUCCUCACAAGUUUCAGCACGACUUGUUGGCCACGUUGCCGUUCUAUCCUGAUCCAGAUGCGUCUGGGAGAUUGGCCCUGGUGAUUACUACCCACCUCUCGUCUGGCUACGACAUCAACGAGUUUGUCAUUUAUCCUCCAAGCUUCCAAAACAAGCUGGAUGCUGAGCUGCUUGAAUUGUAUGAUAAAUGUAACCAUCUAAUCAUGGUCCAUGGCUACGGUGGAGGUCUUGGUUUCUUCUUGAAAAACUUUGGUCCUAUUGCUCUGGAGGACAACUGGGUUGUUCAUGCUAUAGAUUUACUUGGCUACGGGUGUUCGUCACGUCCUAAAUUCACUGCUGACUCCCUUGAUGCUGUGGAGGACUUCUUCCAUGACUCCAUGAAAGAAUGGCUUCACUUGCGUCGUCUAGACAUUUCUCCACAAAAUAACUUAUUCAUGGCUCAUUCCAUGGGUGCCUACCUCAUGGCCACUUACGGAAUACGUAAAGACCCCAAUUUUUGCAAGAAACUACUCAUGGUUUCUCCUGGUGCCGUGAUCAAACAUAGAAAACAGGUCCCUGUGCCAGGGUACUUCGCCAAAUUGUGGGAACAGAAUAUUUCUCCUUUCACUUUGGUGAGGAAAGCUGGUCCUCUUGGGUCCAAACUAGUGAGCAUGUGGUCGUCUCGAAGGUUUGCCAACCUUCCUGAAAAUGAGGCUGCAUUGCUCCAUAAAUACGCCUACGGUAUAUUCCAAGGUCCGGGUUCUGGAGAAUACAUGCUUAACUAUUUACUUGCCCCGGGCGCAGAUGCUAGACAUCCACUUAUCGAAAGAGGAAUCCACAAGCUCCGCUGCAAAUUGCUCUGGUGCUAUGGCCAAGAGGACUGGAUGGAUAAGAAGGGAGGUGAGUUGUGUUCCAGAAUCAUCAACUCGUUGUCGGGUGAUCCAACUAAAAGUACAACCUGCGAAAUAGAAAACGCCGGCCACCACAUCUACUUGGACAAUAUUGACGAAUUCAACAAGUGGGUAGUGGGAGAGAUGAAAAACUUUUAA